AUGUACGGAACAGUUAAUAAAAGAAAUGAUAUCUUUAAUAGUUCUGACGAAACUGUUUUAGAGGAUCGACCAUUGGUUAUUACCGAUUUUAUUACUUUACUAGAGGAUAUUAAUGAUAUUAGUGGAGAGUGUAAUGUUUUAACUAAAGGGAUUGAAAUGACAUUCGGUGAUAUACCAUUAGAAGUGUUUAAUUGUGUUAUUGUAAAACACAUAGAUAUUAUUGAUUUGAUUUUUGAAAAGAUAAAAAGAUUUAAAAAAGAUAAUAGAUUAAUUAUCUCAAAGCUUAGAGAAGAAAGGGAAAAGAACGAGAAAAAGAAAGAAAAAGAAACAAAACCAGUUAGAAGAAAGACUGAGUUACUCUAA